GCCCGUGCUGCGUCGAGAAAGUCGAAAAUUGUAGUUUUAUCAUCAUUUAGUAGCUAAUAAUUCGUCCACCGUGCUGUCGAGUGUCCGCUACAGCCUUCCACAAUAAAAGAAAUAUCUAUAUCUAUGUAUAUCUUCGUCCUCCGCAAACAAAAAUAUGUCUGAACCAGCACCCUCUCCUAUUGUCAGCUUCGUCGCGGAUUCUGUGGAUCUGGCUGACCUCUACAUACUUGGGAAUAAGGGAGAUGAAGGGCCUGAACAGGUAGAAGCAGAGAACCUCAUAGAUUGGGUCACGCGACAUCAAAGUACGGAACAAGGGGAUACAGGUUGUGGAUCGAGCAGCGCUGUUGUCAUUUAUGAGCGUAAAAAUGUGCAUUUCUUCUAUUGAAACGCACGGUUACAACUUAGUUUUUUUUAUACUACGUACUGGAGGUAGUUGGUUUCUCGUGGUCACCGCACCAUGUUGUAGUUGUUGUAAUUCUUUACGGAGUAUUAUAGAUACUUCUAGUCGUGCAUGACCCACUUUCAUCCUCCAAGUCGACAGAAUGAUCUGGUACGUAUGGUCCAGAAGAGGCCUACGGACCUGUACAAACUAGGAGACGUUAUGGAGCUUGUCCAUCAGGACAAAGAGGCCGGUUGGGCUAUCGGACGCUCGCUAAUGUACUAUACAGAACAUGCCUUCCCGUUGGAGUUUACAGAGCAACUGUACUACGACUGGAACAAGAAAGUGGACGAUGAAACUACAGAUGCAACUAGUCGUGAGUCCCGACGUGAUCCACGUCUUCUGAAGGCCCGUAUAGCCGCACGACGCGCGACAAAAAACAGAGGCAAACUGUGUCCCUAUGCUAAGUUGGUAGAAGAACCAUUGGUGCAGCCUGCUAAUGCCCAAGUGGCUCUUGCCCAGAGUAGAGCAAAUGUGUGGUCAAAUCGCAUCGCAGUCGAGAAAAAAGAAGCCGACUUGGAAGAAAAACUACGAGAGCUUGAAGAAGAAAUUAUAAAUCCCGGUGGUGGAGCAGCAGCUUCAUCUUCUCGUUCCUCCUCAAGUAGAGGAGGAGGUCAACAAAAUCAAAAUCAACACUUGGCUUCGUCUUCCAGUACAACUGCUACAACAGGAGGUUCACUAAAAAAUUACAGUACCACCUCGUCUUCAAAAUCAAAUAACAUCAACGUCUUCCAGUGUCUCUUCGUAGUUGGCAUUGAGAGUAUACCUGGUUUUCGAGUGGUUCACCGAAUUCUGGGUUUCGACCGCCGUAAUUUUUCUAGUAUAGAGGCUGUUGCCAAGGACGUGGUCUUGCGUGUGAGAGGUCGUGGAACGCAUCCACGCGACAAGCACAUCCCGCUUCAAAUCCAACUUGCGGUGAAGGGUGCUGAAGCGUAUUUGCUGGUAAGGCAUAUGCUAGAAAUGCUGUUGAAGAAGAUUUAUGCAAGUUAUGAGGAAAAAACGGGUGUAAGAGCAGCUGUUGAAGAACAAGAUAGAACAAGUAGUAGAAGUUGUACAAAGAUGAAAGAGUCCUCGUGUAGUGCGGAAGAUUAUAAAGACACAACUUCCAGCACUGGUGCUGCAGCUGAAGAACUUGUUGACGAGGAAAAGGAAGAGAAACAAGAGGAAGAUCAGCCUGCUGAAGGACAAGACCUAGCAACUCCUGAUGAAGUAGAAACGGUAGUUUCUAAGCGAUGCACUUUGAUGAUGCCUCUGAUCAAUCUGCGCAUACUGGAGCAUCCAGAGAACUCUCCAAUUGAUCCUGACUUCGAAAAAACGUGUCGCGAAAGCAACACCCUUUAUCAAAGCGAGGACCCCUGCGAAGACGUUGCUUUGUUGUUAGAAAGAAAGGGGACGGCGCCAUGGGCAAGAAGUAGAGGAGCAGGAGGAGGAUGACAGGAUUCUCAGUUUUUGUUGAAGCAGAGGCAUGAUAAAGACUACAACUUUGAGAAUUAUCAUGUCCGCGAUUGGCUUGCUGCCUCUGCGCUCAAAAAAAGAAGAUUAGAAGAGAGAUUUACAAGAGUUCAAAACUUGAUUGCCACUAGCGCGCAUGCGCUGCUCGCUUUGCUGCACCAGAGGUUUACUUACCUAAAAAAGCCAGCAAUCGGUAACCACGAUAAAAAUGAACCGCC